AUGCUACGUGGAGGAGGAGGAGGUAGAAUGCCAUUCUGUAUGGUAGCAGAUGAUGAGGCUCAUGCUUCCCCUCUUCUCCAGAAUGUGAUCCAAGCUCAGGAAUACAAAUCCUCCCCCAUCAGCCAACUUGUUGAAAAUUUGAGUUCUGCUAAACUAGGUUUCUCAUUGACACCAAGGCGAAGGCUGUCCUUAAAUAGCUCUUGCUCCUCUUCUGGAACACCCACACCCACACGACUUCAGGAUGUUUCUGGAACACCCACACCUACACAACUUCAAGAUGUUUCUGGAGUAACAGAAAAGGAUGUUGUCCAUGAGAACUCUAGUACUCAUGCAAGUCCAUUCAUCUCACGUAAAAGCAAUGAGAAUCUGAGCCUGGUCAAGGGAGGUGGGAAGUUCUUUCAUCCAGGAAGCAAUACUAGGGUUCCUCUGGGGAUUCGUCAACUGUCGGACCUUGGACAAGCUUCGCCUCUCAGUAGCCGUUCGGGCAAAGGAUCUCUCAGAAUACCUUCUUGUGAAGACUCUGAAAAUUGCAACCCACUUGAACCUGAUCAUGACUCUCGAGACAGUGGGUAUGGUGGUAGCUUGUCAGGAGAGUCAUUGAAGGAAUUUAGAUUCCCCUUGGGCUUGCCUCCACGUAAGAGAACGAUGGAGAUGUCUCCAUCACGAGGGAAACAAUCCUCCCCCUGUAAAUCUGAAAUGUCUCCAGCCAAGCUUCAUAAGGAGGAAACAAGUGAUGGAUUCUCAGAACUGCUUGCUCUAGAAGAAAUGUCAGAAGAUGCUGAUGCAGAGAAUAAAAGUAUGUUCAGCCUGUUCUCUGCUCCAAUUAAAAAUCUCACCCAAAUGGAAGCACCUGAGCGUGAUGUGAAUGAAGUUAAUAGUCUGCAAGAACCCCAAAGUUCUUUGCCAAUGCUGAGAUGUAGACCUGCACGUCUCAGGCCCACAUUUCAGCGCUCUGUUUCCUAUACUGGAGGAACAGUUUCUAGUUCCCUUGCUGCUGAUAGAAGUUCAGGUGAUACUGAAUGUUUGAAGAGGCCAAUUGAAGAUGUUAGUUCCUCCCCUGUACAAGUGAAGCGACAUAGGGCUCAUCUUACAGCCAUUGAAGAAGAAUCCUCUUCAUUCACAACUAAGAGUCAUCAGAUACCAGAGAGAUCAAUUGGCCGACAGUUGCAGCGCUGCAUGUCUGAGACAGAGGUGACAAUCACAAGAGCACUCCAUCGUUCAACAAAAGAGCCAGACCUUAUUGGCAAUUUCACAAAGCCACAUUCACUUCCUCUCAUUAAUGGAAAGCACAGUGACCUGAAGAGCAUUGGAUCAGACACCCUUGCUGAUCUCAUUUGUGGUAGUCUCCAGCAUCAGCCUUACAAGGUCAUUGACUGCCGUUUCCCAUAUGAAUAUGAAGGAGGCCAUAUCCGAAAUGCUGUGAAUUUAUAUACAAAAGAUCAAGUGCUAGAGGCUCUACUUCCAAAACAAGUAUGCAGGACAGCUCUACAACCAUCUUCAUCUUUGGAAAGGAGUCCAGAGUCAUCAGAGGCCCAGGAUAUCCUCAUCUUCCACUGUGAAUUCUCCUCUGAGCGUGGGCCAUCCCUACUCCGCUUCUUACGAAAGGAAGAUCGCAAGAUGAACAGCGAGAAUUAUCCAACACUUCACUUCCCAGAGAUAUACAUUUUAGAUGGGGGUUAUAAGGCAUUCCAUGAGAAAUAUCCACAUCUCUGUGACCCACAAGGUGCAUAUCGGCCAAUGCUUCACUCUAGCCAUGCUGCUGAGCUGCGGCACUUCAAAGCAAAAAGCAAGUCCUGGUCUGGUGACCCAAUGGGGAAGGCACGGCUCCGACUCAAUUCUCUUAGCUUCAAGAAGCAACUCCUUUGA